AAAGUAGCGCGUUUUCCUCGUAGUAUUAUUUACACCGCGGUGCCUAAAGUCGAUCGCGACGCGUCUUCGGUCCGGUCCGGUGUCUCGAGGAGUCGUUUCGUCGCGAGCAGAAGAAGAGGAGGAGCCGCGAGUCACGGGAAGCGACGAUCUCUCUCUCUCUCGCCGACGACGACGACGUUUCCCCGCGUGCGCUUCGAUCGAGGAACCUGUGGAUCGACCCGUGAGUGCGCCAUGUUCUCGCGUCGCGGCACGUCACCGGCUUGACGUCGCUCGACGGAGCGAUUCGCUUUCGACAAAGAGAAGUGGACAAGUGUGUGGUUGACGACGUGGGAGCGCGAGGAAAGGAAAGCACGUCGGCGAGGAGACAAGCAUCGACGCGCAUCAGUGGAAUGUGUGCACGCUGACAGUCGUCUACAGCCAGCUCGUGUGCACGUUGGAAUGAAAGAGGGGUUCGACGUCCGGAUCUGGAUGAUGCCGAAAUCACGGCGAAUCUGACGCCGCAUCGCAUCAAAACGUUCCCUGCCCGGACCGGAAAGAAACGGCGCGGCUUCCGGUGCUGCAUUCGUAGCGGUGGGAUAUGAGGGAGAGGCGGAAAGGGUGUUUACAGUUCGUCGGAGCUGCUAACGAUCGUCGGUACCGAUCGUGGACGAGGCGAGGAAUCGUCAUCGUCGUGCGAUGAUGAUGAGUGAAAGCGACUCGACCGCGACGCUGACGACGACGUCGACGUCGACGUCGACGAGCGUCGCCGCGGACGAAGAGGAGGAAGCGGACUCGGCGGCCUUGACCUUCGACUGCGUCGAGUCCGACAUGGACCUGGUCGGACCGAAUCCCUGGCUUCCGGCUUACGGUUUCCAGCUGCAACAUCAUUCCCACUUUCAACCGACACACUUUGAGGAUCUACGAGCUAAUGAUACGGUGCUAGUACAACAAACAGAUUUUCUGGAGACAAUUUUGGAGGAGACGUCCGACGAUCUUCAGAGCGAUUCCGAUCGCAGUGGAACGACAUAUUGGCUGGGGUCCGAUUCGGAAACCGAGAGUGUGAUUCAUAUCAAGGCGAAGCAGAGAUCCACAGAUGAGCGGCUAGACGGUAGCGGCAGCGAGUGCAACUCGGUGGUGCCGAAAAAGCGACGUCGUCGUGAUCAUUAUGGCGCCGAUCAUCAUUAUCAUCAGCACGUGACGUCGUACGAUGAUUAUCCGGCCUCGCCGAGAUCAUCCAGGUCCACCGCCUCCUCCAGGUCGAGCUCGUUAUUGCAGUUCGAGUCUUUGGAGAGGACUUGCGCCACCCUGUCACCCUCCAGCUACAGCUUCGACUCUCUGGAAUACUCCAACCGAUCGAACGCCUCUCAUGCGGAGAACGAUUCGCCCGAUAGCUUGGAACAAGAUUACGGUACGCUGCUACCGAAUGGUUUCCCUGCCACAUUGACGGACCACUUUCCGAAGAUCAGGCCCUAUCGUAGCUUCGAAAGUUUGGAUACGUGUCAGAAGGACGAGGGAUUCGGUCAAGCGUCUAUAUCAAAUGGUUUCACACCUUUGUACCUGAAGAGAGGUGCUGCGGAUCUGUCGAGAAUCGGGAAGAGCAAACAGCGUUCAAGAGACUUUUGGCACGAGGAUGAGGAAUACAGAGAUCACGAUGAGGAGGAUGAGGAUGACGAAGACAAUUUCGAAGAGUACGAACGAAACCGAACGAAUACGGAUACCCGGUUAGCGAUCGGUUUCGAGGAUCGAUCACUGCUGUACGGCGAGUCCGGCAAGUACGCGACAUCCUUGGAUUACCGGAACACGAUCGAUCUGCGAGAGAUUGGCGUGGAAACGAAGAGGGACACGCUUUUCGAGCUCAAGUCCGGGCAAAAGACAGCUAGGUUAAAUAUAGCCGGCGGCGGCGCCGAGCAUCAUCAUCAUCAUCAUCACCAUCAUCAUCACCAUCAUCAACAAUCGCAACAGCAGCAGCCGCAGCAGUACCAACAGCAGCAGUAUGAUCAACGCGAUCAUCAUCACCAUCACCACCGCCAGCAGCAGCAGCACCAAGGGUGGAGUCACGAGGAGCGCUUUAAUUUUAGAUUCACGGACAAGUCGCAGAGCGCGCCCAGUCUGCUCGACGGUGUCGAAGAGUCAGCACGUGAUUUCGACAGCACCUCGCCAUUUCGUCCUCGCACCUCGAGGACGACUUCCUACGUGUCGACGUCUUCUCUCUUCGAGAAUUAUACGCGGGUGGCCAGCGUCCCGGUGGAUUUGAAUCUCUGCGGAGUCGCCGCUACCUGCGACGACGGAACCAACGAUCGCGAAAUGGCGGAAGCCGCAUCAUCCGAUGAUGAGACGACCCUGAAGAGUUCGCGAGAAAAUGUGACUCUGCGGGAGAACGACGAAACGAAAACGAAGGUCGCGUUAAUCAGCUCGGUGAGAACGCAGCCGGCCCAGAACGCGUUCAUGGACAGCAGCAUCAAGAAUCGAGACAAGGAGAGUGAAGAACGAACGAAGGUCGAAUGCGCGAGCGAUCAUUGUGAGAAGGAGGAAACACGCAGCGAUAAGCAAACGAAGCCGAUGUCGACGGUCAAGACCCAGGAUCGCGUCAACUGCGUGUUGGAUAUGGCGAUGGUGACGGAAAACGAUCUCGAUGAGGCCAUCAAGCAGUUCAAACGCGAAGUAGAAGAGGCUGCCGCCUCCGAAGCGGCGAACGCCGCCAUUUUGGCGAUGGAAACGAUCCAACGAACGUCAUCUGGUCGAGCUCGAUAUCGAAAGGCGAAGAACAAUGCUAGUUACGAACUGGCGCAGCAGUUUGAGGUAGACGAGAGAAAUUUUCAGAAAAAGAUGAAGAGCAAUGACGAAGAUCGCGAUAAGGCACCCGGUUCUCCCGGAAGAAAACUAAUAAACAACGCCAGCUACGAGCUGGCGCAACAAUCCGAUUACGUCAAGGCGUUGCAGAACUCGCGAGCUGGAUUUCAUCGAAUGGAUGCGUGCGACGAACUGGAGGAAGCUGGAGUGUCGGGACGUUCCUCGGAAUUGAGACUGAACGACGUAACGCGCUCUAACACGAGCAUCAGCAAGGACUCGUCGUAUUCUAGACUGAAGGAACAAGAUGACUCGUUCUUUGGUCAGAUAAAAAAAAACUCGGGUCCAUUUUCGGCCUGUGGCGAUGCUAGCGUGCUAAAUACGCGGUUGCUAGACGACGAAGUAGAUUAUCCCUGCUUGGAAACCAAACCCAUAGGAGCGUCCUGCUUGGAAGAUAGGGUCGUCCCAGUGACAAAGUUGGAAAGUGUCCUCGGAAAUUCUACCACGGUAUCCUAUAUCGACGAGGAGUCUUUGAGUCGUGAAGAGGAGUCUGAAAAGGACAAGUUUAUCAGUGAAUUGAACCCGGAACGAACGGUACAGUUUUCUCAGCAACAUCCUCGGAAGGACGAAAGUCAAACGGAGGAGGAGAACGCGCCGUCGAGCCGAGAUCCCGAAGAGCGUUCCCAUAGUUCUGGCUCGAACGACGAUCGCGACACCGGCGAAUGUCUAUGGAGAGUCGUGAUCGAGAAGCAAGAGCAAGCCGCAGCGAAGAAGGAAGACGAGGAGAAGGAGAAGGAGAACGAGGAGAAGGGACACAGUGUCCGCGGUGUUGUUGGCUCAGAGUCCCCACCCGACCAUCCGUGUUCAUUCGGUGAACACAGUAGUGGGGAGCCCGCGAUGGCUGUGGCGGCAGUUGAUACGAAUCAUCGCGGUAGUGAUCGCGACAAACGUCAGAGCGAGGAGCAACGUGCGCUAGGUAUCAACAAGAAGAAGAAGGAGCCCGCGAGGACCUGCGCGACGUCCUCUUCGACGUCCUCAUCUUCUCUGCCCUCCGCCGUCAUGAAGAACGAGGAGAGGAAGAAGAGCGGCCUGGGUGGCUUCCUGCAGAGAUUUUCCAGGCUGAGGUUCAGCGGCCGGACGAAGGUGCCGCGUUCGGAGGCGCAGAAGAAGGUCGUCGAGUCGACGACGAGAACGCCGGAGGAGCUACAGUCGACGACCGCCAGGAAGAAGGAACCAGACUACAUCAUCAUCCCGUUGCACCCGCCCGAAGAGGAGAGGAGACGCCAACAGGAGGUCGUUACUCUCGAGGAAGCCGCUAGGAGGAACAAUGUGGACAUUCAGAGGAGCGUUUCGAAUGUUAGCAGCAACGGGAGGGCGCCAGUAUCCAGCAAGCCACCCCUGCCGCCGCAACCGCCUCGCGUCGCCGCCCUGGGUACGUCGACGCGAGCGUCGGCGUCGGCGUCGCGCCGACGCGCCGCCACGGACCUCGGUAACCCGGCUGCGAUCGAGAUGGCGAAGGCCCGUGCGAUGCAGGCCGCCCAGGAGCGUCCGGUCGGCCUGCUCGAGACCGAUUUCGACGAGCCGGUGAUCGAGCACCACGGGGCAAGGUGCUACAGCAAGGCUGCUUCUACAAUCCCCGCCGCUGGUACCGCCGGCGCUGCUGCAGCUGCCGCUGCCGCCGCCGCCGCCGGCGCCGAUGGUAAGAAGACCCGUAGCCUGCUCGACCUCAACCACACCUCGGCGGCGGCGCCGCGGCCGCGGCCCGAGCACGCCCUCCACGUACCCCAGUCGCCCGUCGGCGUUUCGCACAGGAGUCCCCGCGACGACGUCGCGUCUGCCGCAACCUCCGCCAUCCACCAGCGGCCCCACAAGUCCAUGGAGUUCCUCCUCGACAAGGAGAACCUGCACUUUGUCAAGCCGCCAGAGAAUGAGCUGCAGAAAGUGGGCGAGCGCGUGCCGAGCGAGCACGAGCUCAGGGUACAGAGAUCGUUGCAACGGCUCAACGUGCCCGACUGGUACAAGAAUUCACCGGCCGCCCGCGACGGCUUUCGGCUGAAGAGGCACUCUGAUGCUUCGCAGCACGGAGGAUGGCGCGCCCUCGGCUCCAAGACCACGUCCCUGUCAUCCCUCUCGUCGUCUUCCAAUCGACAGCCGACCACAGGUGCCCUUUUAAGUCCCAGUCCCACGCCACCCGUUUUCUCGAGAUGGAGUACCAGCUUGCUGAACAGCGCCGGAAGUUCACCCGCGAAUUCGGCCAGGUCGUCCUUCAAUCAUCGACAGCCUUAUUUAGGCUGGCGUUCUCAGGAACGACUGACCAAUCCGCGUACACCAGCGGAACGUCUUGCUCAGGGUAUUCUUCCUCAGUUGCAGGCCGCAAACAAGCAACAGCAGCAGCAACAGACAACGAAUCAGCAGUUGGAGGUACGAAACUCGAUAAAGGAGGUGACCUCGGCCAUCGUGCACUACGUGCAGAGCGGCCAGGAGGUCGGAGGUGGCGGUGGUGGCAGACUCUCGCCGCGACCUCGACCUGAAGAUUGGGACGACAGGGGCGGAGCGAGGUCUACCAGCCCCAGAGGGAGCGUGAAGCUGUGCUGGAUGGAGAGCUCGUUCGUCGGCACGCGGCCCGUGGACUCGCCGGAGACGCCUAUGAGCCUGGCGACCGACCAGGAGGCGGGCGACUGCUGCAACGCGGCCGGCACCGAGUCCUGCAGCUGCCAGGACUCGGCGGCCUCCGGCCUCUACCUGGAUCUGACGCCCAGCCGGGACGACCUGCGUCAUCAUCAGACCUCCUCGGCCGGCCCGUCGCCCACGUCCUCCUCUCACUACCAUCAUCAUCACCAUCAUCAUCAUCAGCGUCAUCAGCAUCGCCAGCAACAGCAGCACCAGCAGCAGCAGCAGCAGCAGUGUCAUCACCGCGGAUCGGGCCAGAGCGAUACGGACGAGGCGAUGGCGACGGCAGCUCUUCUGCGGAACAAACCGAGCCCGGGCUCCACAACCCUGGAGGACGUACUCGACUCCCUCCUGGGACUGCCACCCGCGUCGCGUACUCCGAGUCCUGGUCCGGGAGGACCCGUCGUGACCGCCACGUCCGCCAUCCGUCAUCGUCAUACGAACGUCGCCGUCGGCCAGGCGAAAGCCGGGAAGAGCUGCAGCGACCUACGCCAAGACCUCCAAGAGUCCGCUAGGAGCGUGAUGGACGUUCACCAGGUAGCCGCGGAGGAGCAACGCAACUUCUACUCCGGCGAGCUGCUGAGACGGAAGAGCGAGGGCAGCGAUACCCUACCUGUUUCUUCCUCAUCGCUGAUGCCAACUCGGAGUGGCGCAACGCGCAAUCGCCGAGUGUCCUUCGACAACGCCCAGGACUCCACGACGAACGGCAGCUCGGCCAUGGACAAGGUGGUGCGCUGCCGCAACAACAAGUGCGGCAACUCGACGACCUUGGCGGAGGCGAGGAGGACCUACAAGAGCUGCCACAACUGCACCUGCCUCUACUGCUCGCGCGAGUGUCGACGCGCUCACUGGCAACGUCAUCGCCGGACCUGUCUGCACUCGCGGGCCGGCAGCCUCUGCCGCCAGGUCCUGUCCUCGGCUAAGGAGGAUCCGGCCACCCUGAAGCACAUCUCCGCCCUCGCCCGACGGGGUCACGACGCUCACGGCCGCGGCGCGGUCAAGUGCUUCUUCUCGAGUCCCGAGGCGGCCGAGCGCUUCAUCGGGAAUGGCUUCGCCGAUCUUGGGGAACCCACCUACGUGCGCUGGCCGGAUUUGCUACCCGGGGAGAUGGGCGCCGAGCUGCACGCCGAACUGAUGCGCCUCUGCAAGACGUACAAUCCGGAGGCGCGGCUGGUGCUCUACGUCGCGGUCUGCGUGGUCAGCGAGGUGCCGACCAGCGGGGCCGUCAGGUGGGAACGUCAACUGGUAUCGCGAUGCGCCAAGAUCAGACUCGACGGGGCGACGAAGCAGCACGCUUCCUCGUCCUCGGCGUCCCCGCAGGCCAGGAGGCAGCAGAACCCCGCAUCGCCCUGUAACAUCACCCGGGAGAUGGACUCGCCGGAAACCCUGGUACUGACCUCGUUACCAGGAAACAACGGCCAGAACACGCCGAGGAGAGCCCGCGAGAUUAGUUUCACCAACAUCCAACGGCAGCUCAGGCUCAGAGGGGUUUCCUUGAGGAGACACUUUCCCCAGGUCUAUCGGAAGCUCUGUUCCUACGUGGACGGCUCGGUGGACAAAUUCGCGCCGGUCACCAUCUAUCCCAGGGAUCAGGCAUCCGGCAAGAGCUUCAUGUGCAUCAUCAUGUUGGACGCGGAGCCUGAACGUUUGCAAUUAUUGCCCACGGACUCGUCCAGGGUCAGGACGGUGGACAUUAGCGUGGAGCAAGAGUGAAGAUCGUAUCCGUAUACGAGAUGGGGAUUUAACAAAUGCUCGAGAACGAGACGCGCCGCUCACAAUUUUCUUCGAAUUCUUCUCAGCUGGGAGACGUUGCAAAUCUCUUGUUCGGGAUGGAAACGGCUUAUGUUAACCAGGGAUACAAGAAUGAAGAGAUUACAUCCGGAAGGAAGAAUCGAUAGUGUUUCAAGUUUCAAGAGACGUCGCUCAGGAUUUUCCUCAGGUACGGAAAGGAGAUUAAAGAAGAGGUAUCGCGAUCGCUGCCGAUGGACUUUUUCAGAUUGAAGACGACUUUAGUCAGGCGGAUUCAGAUGACACGAAAAUCUAAGGGAUAUCUUUAUUUAAUCGGACAUUCUUUCGGAUGUUUAUAUUAUCUGGGAAGAUUGUAUCUAGAUAGAAGCACAAAUGAAAAUGUUAACCAAUGUCUCGAAUCAAUCUACCAAAGCUCGACAUUUAAUGUCAGCUUGCGUAGAUUCGCAUACAUACAUACAUACAUACAUACAUACAGACAGACAUAAAUACACACACAAAGACUGUUUCUAUCUUUUCUUCUAGAGAACAAAAUGAUCGAACGCAAAGAAAACGAAAUUCGUCGCUCUAUUCAGAUGUUCACCCUCUUUUGCGACACUCUAUAUAUUUCGCGAUCGUUUUAAGGCAAUCCUUUCAAAAGUCCUCAAUUUGGCCGUUGCUGUGUGAGAUGUUUAUCAAUUGUUCGCUGAAGGUGCAGAAUCGUAAUCGACCGUUUAAUCCUUUCUCAUCGAACGCGUCAUUAAUUCUCUCUUCAAGGAUUAGACUGAAAUAUAUUUUUAUAUGUAUUUAUGUAACUCGUGUCAACGUCACACAAUUCAAAGGAAUAAUGCAAAUUUUAUUUUCGAAGAGUUCUUUAGCAAUUUAAUUUAUCGUAUAAACGAUAUAAUUAUUCUAAUUAGCGCUAUUUUUCUAUAGCGACUUUCUUUUAACGACGAAGGGUUGAAAGGGUCGAUGAUGAUUUCUCGAAUUCUCGGCGAAUGGAACGGAAAGUAAUAUUUAGAGUACGUUGUUGUGGCUUUGUUCAACUUUGCAUCGUUUAAAUUUUAUCGUAUAAAUAUAUAUAUAUGUAUAUAUAUUAUAUAUGUGUGAAGACAAAGGACACUUCAAUUUUUUCUCAGCGAAUAUACUUACGAUAAUCGAAUUAUGAAAUUUCGCUUAGGUCCCACGUGCUGUAACACGAAAUUGUGUAAUAUAAAAAUUGAAGGAGAAAAAUAUAUUUCGACAAAUAUGUGUAUAUCGAAAUUUUUAACGUUUGUUUGCAAAUAUCAAUUUGCUAAGAGAGAAUAUAUUUGUCUUACUUUUUGUCUCAUGGCAUAUUAAUAUAAUUCUCGUUAUUUAAUCGGAUUAAUGUUAUAAAUAUAAUUGUAAAGUUCUUUUCAUAUCUCUGUAAUUGAAAUGUAUGGAAAAGGGAGACGCAAAUAUAUCAUCCGCUCUAUCUCUAUGACAUUGUGCCAAAUGAGAAAAAAAACGUGAUUAAUUCGCGUAUAUUACGGAGGACAAAUUUUCGAAAUACUUGUUUAAUGCAGGGGACAUGAUCUCAAUUUAUUAUCUCGAAAGAGAGAAAGAAAGAGAGAACGUGCAUAAUUUCGACUAAGAAAAAGGCUUUUCCAAGGAUCAACGAAUCCCCCCGAUUUAUUAAUAGUAAGCAUAGCUUAAGUCGAGUUGCAUAACGAAAUGACAUUACCAAAAAAAAGGCUGAUCUCUUUCUAAUAGAAAAGGAGGGCGAUUGAUAACGGUGCCAACGAUAACGUCUCGAGACUCACCCAUCAUCACUUUGUAUAGCGAUAUACAAAUAAAAGCGUACUAAAAAAGGAACUCGCAAGAAGAAAAGUAUCGCAGCGUCAUCGAGCGACAAUUAAUCGAGCGAUCGAUAUGCUUUCGUAAUUUUAAUUGAAUAGAUAAUUAAUGAGAGCAUCGCUUAUACCGAGAAAAAAACCGAGGGAAUGCGAUUUCUUACGUUACAUAGUUGAUGGAAUCGAAAUCCGUUUAUAUCGUCGACGCAAAUGCAAUUUUUAAGGAGAGACGAGACGGAAAAUGAAACGAAGGAAUCGAAUCAAGAAGGAAGCAUCGCAGUGCCAAUAAUAAAAUGCCACGGAUAUUUCUACACUCAACGAGGAAUACGCCGGUUCGCUGCUCAUCGAGGAUCCAGGAUGAAGAAACCUUACGACGAUGAGAUCAUAUUCAUAUAUUUCGUAUGCACACACGAUCACGAUGGUCCUCAUCAAGAUUAUAUAUUCAUUUCGAUUAAUCGCAUUCCUUUGUAUGUAUAGCGAAGAGUAUAUAUUAUAUAUAUAUAUAUAUAUAUAUUAUAUAUAUAUAAAAGUUAUUACAUCUCGACGCGUUCACUCGAUCGUUCACUCAUCCGUUACAUGAUAUAUCAAGCUUGCGACCAAUGUUGAUCCUUCGUUUAAGUUUGUACAUAGCGCUCUUAAGGAAAUAUAUUUAGAAAAUGAAUUAGAGGCAUAUAAUAUGCAUAUGCAUAUAUGUAUGUAUAUAUGAAUAUAUAAUAUAUAUGUAUAUGUAUACGAGAGCAAUUUUACUAGUACGAGAAAGAGAUUUUAAAGGAUCGAUCAAAAUUCGCGAGUAGGUGGCUUAUAUUCAGAGAUCAGUCCUCGUUUUAUCCUCGAUAGUUCCUUUUUCCUAUCUCUAUUACGAGGACGAUCGCUGCGACUUCAUUCUAUACAAGUUGUAUAAUAAAGAGUGUAUUACAUUGAUUUCGGCGCUUUACGAUACACCUUGUAUAAAUAUAUAUUUAUAUAUCCACACAUUCCGCUCUAUAAAAGCUAUAUAAGGAACAGGGUGGGAACGUCGGUCGGAGAGGAACAAAACUUAAUUCUUGUUACAUUAAGAAUAUACAGUGUGUUUGUAGAAGAACCUGUAUCUAUAUUUCUAGAAAGUUUAUUAUAAAGAAGCUAUGCGUGUUAUAUCAAAAUUUUACGUUAGUUAAAUAUAAUAUUGUAUAUAUAGCUUGCAGAAUUGACAGAUAUAUGCCCGGGAUAUUUUUCAUCUGUAAGAAACACUAUUUCUCUCGAUUGAUUAGUAUUGAAUAAUUACUAUUCAAUUCUGGAAAAUUUCUGUACAAAAGAUGAAUAAUAUGAUAAGUUUUGCGGAAAUAGAAACUUUAUGGACGCACUCCGACCGAUAAAACGAGAAAGCUGUUGCUCGACAAAUAAUUUAGAAGUGAUAAAGAAGCGUAUCAAACAAAAAUCAAUCGAUCGAAAACGAGCAAUCAGCCCGCACAUAGUCACUCUAAAGUCUUAAGAUAUCGUUUCAACGUCUAUAUUUAUCGGUGCUAUCAAAAUGUGCUACCAUUGUUUUCGCAUCUGUGUAUGUCUCGAUUUUUCAAAUAAAAUGUUAAUUUUAUUACACAGGCCCA